AGAUGUCGUAUAAAUAAGCUAUAUUAAUAUUCAAAUAUUCUGAUUAGUUUCAAGAAAUGGGAAUAAUAUAAAUAUGUUGACUACUUAAGAGAAAAUCAUUAGAUACCUGGACGAGUUUCAUCAAGCAGACUGGCUCAAAGAAGACCUCUUAAUAUUACCUAUUUUCUUAAUCGAAAUCUUCAAUCUUCGUUGGUACCAAGUCUCCUAUGAUAGACACCAAUUUAAUUUCUAUAUUUAUGCUGCAUUAGAGCUGUAAUACGGUAAAAUUUACAAUGCUGUUCAUCAUUGCAAUAUUCUUUUUGGUGACUUUCUGCCUUGUUAUCUGGCUUCACUUCCCGACGACCUUUACCGAUGUCCAUUUCAUCUUAACUCAGCUUCGCAGACAACGGAUCCUCGCAAAGUACUCGAAAAUGCCGAUACCGUACACGAUAGCUGAUAAAUUUGAAGAACAUGCCAUGAAAUCUCCUGCUAAAACCAUGCUCAUAUUUGAAGGAAAGUCGUACACGUAUGACGACAUUAAUAGAAGAGCUAACAGAAUUGCUAAAAUUGCUCAACGGAUGGGAUUGAAACGAGGGGAUAAGGUGGCGUUUUUCAUCGGGAACGAACCUGCAUUCAUAUGGACACUACUUGGUUUCUGCAAACUCGGUGUGACUUGUGCUCUCUUGAAUGUUAACCUACGAUCUAAAUCAUUAUUACAUUGCUUGCAGAUCAGUGAAGCAAAUACUCUUGUUACAGUAGCAGGUAAAUCAACAGAGCAAGCCCUGGAUGAGGUUAUGUCAGACUUAAAAGAGAGGCAAAUUUCGGUGUGGCACCUAGACCCAGAAUUCCCUGUUCCAGAAGAACGUUCUGAGGAUGACCUUAACCCAACCCGUGACGUCAGAAAUGGCCUCAACAUUCGAGACUCUCUAGCAUACAUCUACACCUCUGGAACAACGGGAUUACCCAAGGCAUCCCGCCUGUCCCAUUACAAGAUGUUAGCAGGUGGAUUCAUGCUUGAAACCUUCAAAAUGAACAAUGAUGAUGUCAUGUAUCUUACCUUACCCCUCUACCAUGUAUCAGCAUUGUUUAUUGGUCUGAGUAACAUCAUCAACGCAGGGGCAACCUGUGUACUGCGACGCAAAUUCUCUGCUUCUAACUUUUGGAGUGAUUGCCGUAAAAAUGACGUCACAAUGUUCAUGUACAUUGGCGAGCUCUUCCGUUAUCUAGUUGCACAACCAAAGAAUGAUCUGGAUGCUGUCAAUAAGGUUCGCUUGGCCAUCGGGAAUGGGUUAGGAGCGGACAUCUGGGAAGAGAUCUGCAAUCGUUUCCGAAUUGAACGAAUCGUUGAACUAUAUGGAGCAACCGAGGCAAACUUUGGACUUAUGAACUUGGACAACACUGUCGGGUCAGUGGGAAGAUGGCCCCCAAUAUUGCAGGCAGUGUGCAAGAUCGAGCUUAUCCAAUAUGAUUAUGAAACGUCACAACCAAUCCGAGAUGACAAGGGAAGGUGUAUUCCAGUUGGACCAGGUGAAACCGGUCUUCUGGUUUGCCCCGUCAAUCGAAUAUUCCCUCUUGAUGGGUAUGUUGGAUGCAAGUCACUCAUGGAGAAGAAACUCAUUCGAGAUGUCAGGAAAGAAGGUGAUGUCUUCUUCAACACUGGUGAUCUACUGAUUCGGGAUAAAAACUACAAUCUCUACUUCAAAGAUCGUAUUGGAGACACAUUUAGAUGGAAAGGAGAGAAUGUUGCUACUACUGAAGUUUCCCAAACUCUGAAUGAACUACCCGAGAUAAUAGAAUCCAGCGUGUAUGGAGUCAAUGUACCAGGUCACUACGGAAAAGCAGGUAUGGCUGCCUUAUCACUCAACCCCGGAUCAGACUUUAGUCCAGCUGUUACAUACAAACAUGUCACCUCUCUCCUGCCAAACUAUGCAUGCCCACGAUUUAUUCGUAUCAUGAAACAACUGGAGCACACUGCUACUUUUAAGCAAAAGAAAACUGGACUGGUUCAGGAUGGUUUUGACCCUACAGUGGUGCCUGAACCUAUUUUUGUCUUUGAUCAAACUCUAGAAACGUAUGUUUUGUUGGAUACGGAGGUACAUGAAAACAUUCUGAAUGGCAAUAUGAGAUUAUAAACAUAAUAAAUAGACAUCAUUCUUUUCACCCUGGGUACAUUCAGCUCAUACUGGAUAUGGCCUAUCCUUAAAUGUGGAGGACAUAUUUGUAGCUGCAAUGCAGGGUAUCAAUGGUGAGCAUAUAUUAUAAGAUAGCACAAUUAGAAUGUUGCAUUCUGGACAGGAAACUUAAAAAUAGUUAUGGCUAAAGCAGAAGUUCUUUAAAGCAGGUGUGGUACUAACUCUGGCUUUUAAGAAACCUAAACAAAAAGGCAAUCAGAGAGUGCAUCACUUUUUUCCAGGAAGUAUUUGGAAAUGGGACAUGUCCAUCGACAAAACAUUUGGUAGUUGUAUAUGAAUGUUCCAAAGCCAAAAUGAACAUUGUCAAUUAGUCAAGCUAUUGGAUGCUGUUUUAAUGAAUGACAAAUUCAUGCUGCAAAUCAAACAUAAUGAUUGCUAUGUAUAAUUGUAUUCAAGAGCUGCAAAAAAGGCUGCCUGUAUUAUCUGUAAUGUUAUUUUUCUUACCUAAACAGACCAAAUAAAUGUAAUAUAUUAUAUAUUGACUGUGCAAAUCUACCAUGACUGUAUUUUUUAACAAGCAAUAAUAUUUUUGUUCUUGCAAUCAUUAGAAUGAUAUAACUAUUAUUUAGAGACCGUUGGCGAUAUUUAUAAACCAGUUUGGUGUUCUUUCUAGGCAAAUAUUUAUGAACAUGUGCAUGCAAAAUAUUAUUUAAAUGAUAAUCAAUUCAGAUGGUCUGCAGGCCUGACCAUCUGUGAUAUUUAUUUGUUGAUUAACCAGUACUGAAUUCUGUAUAUUAGGCCUACUGUAUAUUAGCAUACAUCAUCAUUAUUAAUUAUAUUCAGCUCAGUUAGUCAUAAUAAUUUACAUUUGUUUUCUUAGCAUACUUAUAUUGGAUGUAAGACAUAUACAAACUGAAUUUAUAAUGGAUGUUCAGAAUUCAUUAAAAAAUGAAUACCUCUGCAAAAAUUCAAGCUCAUAGAAAAUAGAGUACAAAGAGGAAUGUGUCUGAAUAAUUCAAAUGUAUCUAUUUGUAUUUCAUAUACGUGAUGUACAACAUUUAUCCAUGGAGCUAUUACCUAUUAAUUUCCAAUCAAUCAGGGUGUACAUAUGGCAAUGCUUAAAAUAUAAUCAUGAACUCUUGUUUAGUUUCUUAACUAUUUUUUGGGUGUUCAUAUGACUAUCAAAUACAAUUGAAAUAACUUUACAAUGCGAGUGACUGACCUCUAAACAUUAUGGGAAGAUUAUUUCAAAUGUAUGACAAUGUAUGUUACCUUGCUUACUUGGGAGAUAUAUACAUAUUUUUUGGCAUUUUUUUGUCCCAUUAAUUAUUCAUGAAUCUAUGUGAAUCAAAAUAUUGUCAUGUAUUUGCAAUAAAAUGUCAGCUUAGGCAAGGCAUUAUGAUAUUGCAAUGUAUUUGCCAAGUGGCUGCAAUAAAAAUAGAACCAUAAUGUCAAACAUUUUUAUAAUUGCGACAAUUUUUCUCGCUCAUUUAUAUACUUUUAUCACUGAUUAGAGGCUCAAUUGUGUAUUUGAAUACAAAUUUAUAUAUUUACUGUCAUGUGAUAUAGAUUGUAUUUUUAUCAUCUGUGAUGAAAUAGAUAAAAUUUAUAUGAAAAAGAAGAAAAUCAAUGUCAGGUGUCACUUGUACAGAGUACUCAAAGUAGCAAUACAAAAGGGCUAUUCCAUCAAAUAGUCAUCCUUUUUGUACGUCUGAUCCCUAUUUUUCUCAAUUCUUACUUCACUUCAUACUGUGCACUGACCAAGUCAUGGUCUUUUGAGAACAUUACAAGACUGCCAAAUGAACAAGUCAGAGAAAAAAAUUGUCAUGAAGGUCCCACAUAUGAAGUCGGACGUACAUAUUUUAUGGAAUUGCCCAAAAGUAAACAAAAAACAAAGGGGGGGGGUGGGGUAAAGGAAUACUGAAAAGCUUACACUUUUAAGGUCAAGUCCACCCCACAAAAAUGUUGAUUUGAAUAAAUAGACAAAAAUCAAACUAGCAAAAUGCUGUAAAUUGCCACCAAACAUUUUUUAUAAAGUUGUCUGAAUUUAGUAAAAGUAUUGCUACCAUAAAAAGUCUUUGAAUUACACCAUCCCUCUAUUACAAUUUUCUGACAAAAGUAUAAAAUACAUUUUCUCUCUUUAGUCAAAUAAUUUUCCCCCUCUUCUACCUGCCUACUAUAAUCAUUCUUUCCCCUCUCAUCUAUUUCUCAUCAUCAUUAUCAGCAUAACCAUCAUAAUUAUGAUCACCAUCAUCAUCCCUAUUACCUUCAUCAUCACCAUCACAAUCCUCUUCACCAUC